AUGAAGGCUAUUUUGAUAAGCAGCCAUUACGAGUCGAGAUGUUCUGAUGGACACAAUGCCUCCUCCACGACUUGGAAUCACAAGAAGGUUCUCUUGAAAGACAUAAGAAAAGGAUCAUAUGACAAAGAACUCAGAAAUCUGCUCAGAUUAACCUGCUCACAACACAAGGACAAGGAAAUAGAGUAUUUCUGCGACACGUGCCACACGCCAAUAUGUCUAGCUUGUGUUUUUCUUGAACAUCGGGAGCACAUCUGUUUAACAGCUUCUGAAGCGGUUGUAGCCCAAAAGGACCGACUUGUUAAUUAUGCGGCAAAAGUUAAUGAAAAAUUGCAGCACCUAGAAAACGAAAAGAAAGUGGUUUGUGAAAACUUUGCACGAGUCAAUAAGCAUCAAACUGAAGCAAAUGCAAACAUAGAAAAGCAAAUAGAAGGGAUAAUCGCUCAAAUAGAACGCCACCGACAACAGGCAUUACAGUUGGUAGAGGACAGGAUAGAAGAAACGUUGAAGCAGUGUAAUUCACAGGUGGAACAGGCAUAUUUAAAAAUAACUUUAGCAAAAGGAUGCCUGGAGUUUUGUGAGACGAUGAUAGUACAUGGCAAAGAUGAAGAGGUGCUCUACCUUGAAGAGACGAUCACCAAGCGACUCCAGCAGCUUGAGGAGCUGCCCAAUGUGGAUUUAAAGCCGAUUGCUAGAGACGUCUUCCCAGACAUCAACGAACAAACGUGCGGUAUACAAGACUUGGAAAGUUUACCGAGUGCGCAAGUAGAUAGUGUGCAGACGGAGUCCAAUUUCAUCUUGCAUUCUUGUUUGGAAACUUCCAAAAUUUCAUUCAAACUUUUGCGUAUCUUUGACACUGGGUUCGACUCAGAUACGCAGUCUCCAGUGAUAAGAAGCAUGGCAGUCGGUAACAAUACUAUUAUACUAUCCGAUAGUGCAAACGGAAAAAUUAAAUGCAUUUCCACAAGUGGGACUUUAAAGGAAUGUUUGACCACGGGUGACGAUUUUUCACCUUUUGCUGUAGCAGUUUGUAAAAAUGUCAUUGGUGCUGUCCACGCAAAUUACCUGUACAUGUUUGACCAGAUAGGAAAAGGGACACACAAACUUAUGUUAUCUGCUAAACCACCUGGUGGCACCAUAUUCACAUUUGCUCUUGCUAAUUACAGAAAUGAAGGUUUCAUUGUGGGCAACCUGCCAGAUAAUUAUUUCCGAGUGUACUCAACAGACGGGAUUUUGCAAGAACGAUUCAGUCUCCACCUGCAAAAGCCUCUAACAAAUCUGAGCGUUGAUAAAAGUGGACAUCUUGUUACCUGUGAAUGGGGAGAUAGCUGUGUACGCGUUCGAGAUCUUCAUGGUACGAAACUUACGAACUGUCAAGUACCUCCAACUUGGAAACCAUUCGCAGCUCAUGAAGACAGAAAUGGUUUUAUAUAUGUUGUUAAUAAUUCUCAACACGCAGUAUCUGUGUUUGACCCGGACGGUACCGAUAUACUACACCACGCAACAAUACCAGAUGGUUUACAGAAACCACUAAAUCUUGCAUUCGACGAUGAAGGUUUGAUGUACUUGGUCAACAUUUUCGGGUACAUUAAUGUCUAUAAAGUUAGCGUGGAAAGGUUGACAGUGAAUGCACCUAGGGAGUUGGGUUCUACUGCAUGGUGCCAGUGAUUCCACAUGUACUAUGUUUACACCAGUUCAGCUAGAUGACCUGACAUAUAUGAUGUCUAAAGACAUUAACCGGAUGGAGAUUCGGGUUGUAGCAGUGAGCACUAAAUGGUUUAACAAUGGUCUGCAAGCAUUAGAUUGGGACUACAAAUUGUCCAAUAUUUUUCACUGCAUCAGUUGUAUAUUUCGCUUGCAGAACAAUCAUCUUCCGAUAAUAUUUUGUUACUUUAUUGUUAAGUGCUCAUAUUCAAUCAAGAUUCAAACACAUCCAUCCUGGGCACAGCCUCCGUGACCGAGACCAGGUCAGACAGUAGCUAUGUAAUACAUGUAGAUAGGAUAUUAUUCAACCAUAACCUGUGACCAUAUGAAUC